AUGUUGACGAAGCAAAAGUUCGAUGGGGACUGUUUUAAAUGCGGGAGAAAGGGACACAAAAGCGCGGAGUGUUGGUCGAAGACAUCAGAAAGAUGGUGUAGCAACUGUAAAAGUAAAACCCACAAGACAAAGAAUUGCCGGAAGAAGAAAGAUGCGGCGAAGACAGCAGCCGAGAAGACAACGUCAAGUGAGAACAAUGAACAUACGUUUGCCUUUACAUCCAAGGACACAAUUAAUAAAUCAGGUAUAAAUAAUAAGAGUAAUUCUAGUUUAUUAAUAGAUACUGGAGCCACAAGUCACAUUAUAAAUGACAAAUCAAAAUUUGUGGACUUCGAUAAAGAAUUUAAUCCUAGUGCGCAUGUCAUAGAACUCGCUGAUGGCAGUAAAGCCAACGUAGUAUUACGAAAAGGAAAUGCCAAAGUUAAACUUUAUGAUGUCAAUGGUAAUGCAUGUGACGUAAUGUUAAAUAGCGCAUUGUAUGUUCCAUCCUAUGAUCAAAAUAUUUUUUCAGUGCAUGCUGCGAUAGAAAGGUUGGCCAGUAUUAGUUUAGAUAAGCAGGUGAAACAGCUCAAAUGUCCUGAUGGCACAACGUUUGGAAUGGAACAAAAAGGUAGGUUAUAUUAUUUAAAUAGUAUUUCAUCCUCUAAGAAUAGUGCAUGUUCUCUGCAUUAAUGGCAUAAAAUCCUUGGUCACUGUAAUUAUGGUGAUGUUCAGAAAUUGGAAAAUGUUGUAGAGGGGAUGAAUAUUUCCAACUAUGAUGAAGUAGAGUGUACUGUUUGCACUAAAGGUAAGAUGUGCCAAUUUAGGAAUAGAUCCCCAGAUGAAAGAGCAACUGCUCCAUUAGAUUUUGUGCAUUGUGACCUGGCUGGUCCUAUUGAUCCUGUAGGAAGAGAUGGCUUUAAGUAUGCUUUGUCAUUCAUUGAUGACUAUUCAGGGAUUAUUAUGGUCUAUUUUCUAAAAUGUAAGAGUGAUACCCCAGAAGCAUUACAGCAAUUCUUGGCUGAUGCUGCUCCUUUUGGGAGGGUUAAGGGUGUCAGGAGUGACAAUGGCACAGAAUUCACUAGUCAUAAAUUCAAAUCUAUUCUUCAAGAAAAUAGGAUAAGGCAUGAGACUAGUGCACCAUGUUCCCCACAUCAGAAUGGAACGGUGGAAAGAGCAUGGUUGAGUAUUUUUAAUAUGGCUCGAUGUUUGUUGCUUGAGGCAAACUUGACAAAGUCCAUAUGGACUUAUGCUGUUAUGGCAGUAGGCUACAUCAGAAAUCGUUGCUUCAAUGCGAGAUUGGGCAAAACUCCUUAUGAGGCAUUUAAAGGGUCUAAACUAGAUUUGAGCAAUAUGCAUGUCUUUGGUUCCGUUUGUUACGCAUAUGUGCAAAAUGCAAAGAAAUUAGAUCCUAGAAGUAAACAGGGUAUAUUUGUGGGAUAUGAUAAAAGAAGUGCUGCAUAUCUUGUCUUUUAUCCUGUUUCCAAUAAGGUUGAACGUGUAAG